ACUUGAAGUAGAUGGCAUAACUGCGACCAAUUUUGGAUGUAGUUUUUUAUCGAAAUUUAUGUCAGCAUUGUUAAAUAACUUCGCAAAAUGAAGUGUAGGAAAUUUUUAGGUUUAUUACUUUUGGCGUCAAUGGGUCUCGCCCAAGAAUGCUACCCAGACGAGGAACGAAUCGAUUGUCAUCCCGACAUGGGUGACACACCGGAGCGGUGUGCUGCCCGAGGUUGCAUUUACUGUGAUGCUCAUGUCCCUAACCAAAACGUUCCGAUUUGCUAUCUCCCACGAGACUAUGGCUACUUUAUGGUGGGAUUGCCGGAACAAAUUGAAGACGGGUUCAGAGUGAAUCUUGUUCGAAGAUCGACCGACACCAUGUUCGGAGGUGACUCUGCCAUCUCACUCUCAUCGCUGAAUUUCAGUCGGAUUACAGACUACGCAUUAAGAUUACGGAUGGAACUCCCCGUUGGGAAGUUCCACUUCGGAUAGAUCCACCAUCUGGUGGAAACCAAAAUCCCCUUUAUGACAUUAGAUUCACUAAUAUCCCCGCGUUUUCUUUUAAAAUUUUACGUCGAGCAACAGGCACAACCUUGUUUGACACUUCGCUGGGUGGAUUCACAUUUGCGGAUCAGUUUCUUCAAAUGGGAAUUAAACUGCCGUCUCGAAAUGUGUAUGGAAUUGGGGAAAAUGAACAACCCACGUUUCGACAUUCUUUCGAAAAGUGGCCGAGAUGGGUCCUUUGGGCUAAGGGCCUUCCACCUUCGUAUGAUGCCUCUCUGUACGGAGUUCAUCCCCACUACACGGUUCUGGAAGAGGAUGGAAAUGCUCACUCUGUUGUCAUCGUCAACAGCAAUGCUCAAGGUGGGGUGUCCUCAGAUUAUUCUUGAAGUUUGUGAUGCACCCACAUCCCGGAAUUGUGUAUAGGACGAUAGGUGGUAUUUUCGAUAUAUACAUGUUUCUGGGACCCACUCCAGAAAAUACAGUGGAACAGUAUACCGAGGCAGUCGGAAGAUUUCCCCUCCCACCCUAUUGAUCUCUUGGAUUUCAGCUCUGUCGUUUUGGAUAUGAUCACAUUGAUAACCUAAGAACAGUCGUAGAUCGGAUGAUCGCUUCCGAAAUUCCUUAUGACGUACAAUAUGGCGACAUUGACAUUAUGGAUAGACGAUUAGAUUUCACCGUCGACCCCAUUAAUUUUGCAGGGCUUGCCGAAUACGUGACGGAAUUGAAAACAAGAGGGAUUAGGUUUAUGACUAUUUUGGAUCCCGCCAUCAGUGUGGGAGAACCGGCGGGUACUUACCCAGCAUUCGAUCUGGGUCAGGAGAUGGACGUCUGGAUCAAAAAGUCGGAUGGAACCCCGAUGCGGGGUCGAGUUUGGCCAGAAGACGACGUAUAUUUUCCCGAUUUCCAUAAAAAUGCCACUAGAGAGUGGUGGAUCUACUUGAUUAAACAGUUUCACGAGGAAUUGGACUUUGAUUCAUUAUGGAUUGAUAUGAAUGAACCCGAUAAUUUUGUUAACGGCGAUAUUGUGGAAGGUUGCCCCUCCAAUUCUAUAAAUCAACCUCCAUACCUACGUCGAGUUCGGCAAGAUUCUCUGUAUGACCACACCCUUUGCCCUGACCACAUUGAUUCUGCCGGUAUUCACUACAACACACACAAUCUGUACGGUUGGUCAGAGUCGGAACCCACAGCUACUGGAACCACGGAAGCCGUAGGAAAAAGGACGUUUGCCCUGUCGCGAGCCACCUUCCUUGGUUCCGGCCGUUGGGUAACGCACUGGUUAGGAGACAAUUGGAGCAGUUGGGACAAUCUCCACUUCUCCAUCAUAGGAAUGUUACAGUUCAAUCUGUUCGGGAUACCAUUUAAUGGCCCAGAUAUAUGUGGCCAUCAAUUGGAUGCUACAGCAGAACUAUGCGCAAGAUGGAUGCAACUUGGCGCAUUUUACCCCUUUUCAAGAAAUCAUAACGCGUAUGGAAAAUUGGACCAAGACCCGGCGGCAUUUAACGGUAGCAUCAUUGAAAUUUCGAAAACAGCAAUGUCCAUCCGUUACCACCUCCUCCCAUAUUUGUACACCCUCCUCGCCCAACAUUCCAUGAAAGGCGGCACAGUGGCACGCGCCCUUUGGGCGGAAUUUCAUACAGAUCCAGAAACAGCUGGGAUAGAUCGACAAUUCAUGUGGGGUUCUGGUCUCCUUAUAACUCCUGUGCUUGACCAAGGUGCAACCACUCUACGAAUAUAUAUCCCUGAUGCCCGUUUCUUUGAUUACUUUACGGGUUGGGAAGUCCAGGUUAGGAAAGCAUGGGAUGAAUUUCCUAUUACCCCGGAAACAAUUGCGUUGGACAUCCGCGGUGGAUCCAUUCUUCCCACACAAGGUCCUGCUGUUAAUACAAAUCUUGCCCGGCAAAAUGAGCUGGGUUUAAUUGUUGCGUUGGACGACUUGAUGGAAGCAAAAGGAAUCUUUUACUAUGACGCGGGAGACAAUUUGGAAUACUUCUGGGCCGAAAUUAGGCAGGAUCGAUUUGGUGUCCUGAAUUACACCGUAACAGUAAAUGGUUAUGCGGAUAUGAAUCGUCAAGUUAUGGGAAAUAUAACCGUGAAUGGUGGCCCGGUAAGGACUAAUAUCCGUGUGAAUGGUGUUGAUCACGCUGAAUUUUUCAUGACACCUGAAAGUCAACUUAACAUUUUCAACCUCGCUUUGGUGGCGAAUGAAGAUUUUAUUGUAGAGAUGUCUUAAAUCACUAAGCAUAUUAAAUCAUUCAAUUCCAUCGGGAACAGAUAAUAAAAUAUUUGGUUCAUAAUGGUUGCCUGGA